AUGGGUGAAGAUAAAGACCGCCGACGCCGAUCACGCUCCAGAGAAAGACGAAGAACUCGUUCACGAUCCCGAGAUCGACGUGAAAAAAGAAAAAGUAAGUCGAGAUCACCAUCUAAGCGAUCUCGUCGUCGCAAGCCAUCGCUUUAUUGGGAUGUCCCACCGCCUGGUUUCGAACAUAUCACGCCAUUACAGUAUAAGGCUAUGCAAGCGGCCGGACAAAUCCCGGCAAACAUAGUGGCGGAUACGCCACAGGCAGCGGUACCAGUCGUCGGGUCUACCAUUACACGUCAAGCUCGGCGCCUUUACGUUGGGAACAUACCAUUUGGUGUGACAGAAGAGGAAACUAUGGAGUUCUUUAACCAACAAAUGCAUCUUUCGGGGUUGGCUCAAGCAGCUGGAAAUCCUGUUCUUGCAUGUCAGAUUAACCUUGACAAAAACUUUGCAUUCCUUGAGUUUAGAUCUAUUGAUGAAACAACCCAAGCCAUGGCAUUCGACGGUAUAAACUUCAAGGGACAGAGUUUGAAAAUACGUCGUCCACACGAUUAUCAACCAAUGCCUGGCACUGAAAAUCCCUCAAUAAAUGUACCUGCGGGUGUCAUAAGUACAGUUGUUCCAGAUUCGCCUCAUAAAAUAUUUAUUGGAGGUCUCCCUAACUAUCUUAAUGAGGAUCAGGUUAAGGAACUCCUGAUGUCUUUUGGACAACUCAGAGCUUUCAAUCUCGUGAAGGACUCGUCGACUGGUCUCAGCAAGGGUUACGCUUUUGCCGAAUAUGUUGAUAUAACAAUGACUGAUCAGGCUAUUGCUGGUCUUAAUGGCAUGCAGCUUGGAGACAAGAAACUGAUUGUGCAAAGAGCUAGUAUUGGAGCUAAGAAUUCAACAUUAGCUAUGACUGGUGCCGCACCAGUCACCUUGCAAGUAGCUGGUUUGACAUUAGCUGGAGCAGGACCACCCACAGAAGUUCUGUGCUUGUUGAACAUGGUAACACCGGAUGAAUUGCGUGAUGAAGAGGAAUAUGAAGACAUUCUUGAGGAUAUAAAGGAAGAAUGUAACAAAUACGGUUGCGUGCGCAGUAUAGAGAUACCCCGUCCCAUAGAAGGUGUGGACGUACCAGGAUGUGGAAAGGUUUUCGUCGAGUUUAACAGCAUCGCUGACUGUCAAAAGGCGCAACAGACUCUCACAGGAAGGAAAUUCAGUAAUAGGGUUGUAGUCACUUCAUACUUUGACCCAGACAAGUACCACAGAAGAGAAUUUUAA